AUGACUCAAGGACACAAAAACAGUCAGACACCUGCUCACUGCAUUUCCUCUUUUCUGUCUCUUUCAUCAGGCUGUUCCUGGGCUGCUGCUGCUCUCCUGCUGCUCUUUGGAGCCCACGCUUUCCCUAUCGGAGAUUCCUCCGGAGAAGAGGAAUUUGGCGAGGAUCCCUCCUCCAGAACUUCGGCAGCCGGGGUCCAGCUGAACGUUCCGACAGAGUUGGCUCUUUGGCUACAAGGUACUGCGGCGACGUGGAAUCAAGAGCUGUGCAAGGAGCAAAAUGCAUGUAAAGGUACAAUGGAAAUUAUGGCACAAAAUAAUCUCAACCUUCCAAAGAUAAUUAAAGAAGAUGGAUGCUACCAGCCUGGAUUCCAAAAGGAAAGUUGUCUAAGAAAACUUUCAAGUGGCCUCUAUGCAUUCAGAACAUUCUUGGAAUAUAUAGAAGAAACUACACAAAGAAGUGUUUCUGUAUCAAUAGGCGCACAGAAUCUGGCAGAAACCUUGAAGUCAAUGAUGAACAAUCCUGAGACUGUGAGCAUGCCAUCUCCUGACACUCAGAAAACUCUUGCUGCAAAGUUAAGAGAACAGAGAGCUUGGAAUAUGAUAGUGAUCAAGCACUUUAUUCUUCAAGAUUUUACUUUAUUUAUGGAGACCACUUCAAGAGUUAUUCGCCUUCUAUGA